AUCGAAGUGUUGUCGAGCCUUUUGAUAGCCGACACGGACCGUGCGACGUCGUAUUCCUCUUGGAAACUGGGGAUAUCUCGUCGGUAGACUCCCGGGUGUGUGGGAUAUACUACUGGGAGGAAACUCCACGUUUCACGAGAAGAACUCCUGCCAUUUCUUUCUAGCUCAUAUUUUUGAGAAAACAGACUCGGAUCACUUGCGCAUGUUUGCCAGAGUCUCACGCACACGUCUUGCCUGAGUCUGUAAACGGCCCGCCUCUGCCGGGAGGACGGUUCUACUCAAAUUCCCGGGGAACUCCUACCAGCUAGCUGUACCAGGGCUGCCGUCGUUUCCGAUCAUCGAUGAUACAUAGACAUUGACUGCAGCUUAUACGGCUCUCUCUGCAAUGUCAGGAAAGAAAGGAAACCGAGGAAAAAGUCGUCCUAAAACAGCUCCGUGUGUUUUCCUCAGCAGCGUUUUAAGUAAGCGGUGAUUCCCGGUUUGUUGAGUUAUACACAGGGGUCAAGCCUGGCGUGUCUGACCUUGAGUCUGCAGCGUCUGCCAGGCAAAUCGGUGCCCCUAAAGGACUGGAUAGACUGGCUUUUUGAGUUGUUUUGCCGCCAAAAAGACUUGUGUGAUACACUGAAAAGUGGAAAGAGCGCGAUACUGCGUGUGAUAUGCGAAGGUCGGUGCUGCGCAGCAAGGCUUGUGAAUUCGGCGCCGUGCAAGACCUGGGAAGCGCCCCAGAUGUGCGCGAUUUUCCUCCCAAAAUUUUAAAGCAGUCUCACUUCUCUCCUACAUUUUUUCAGCUGCAAAUUCUCCUUCGAUCGUGCUGCAGAAGCAACAUGUCGACCGCAGGCCUUCUCCGACUGGGAACUUCGGGAUACGGGACUUAUGUCGGGAACGGUGAUGAUGAACAGCCAACAACGACUGCCGGUGAUGCCGGCGUUAACAGAAAGGGGAGCGCUGUUCACCGAGGAUCCUUUUACGGCCGUCUAGGAACGAAGACAGCAGAGGCCGAGUCAGAAGCUUCCAUUUCCAAGUCUGACACAGGGAAGGUACCGGAGGCAAUGAAGCAAAUGCGGGUUCAACUCUUCUACGAUGAGGACGCGUACCCCGCCGGCGUCGAACUCGAUUUGUUCGCUUUGUUGUAUGACAAGGAAUGCAAGUAUCUCGACUGCGUGUUUUACCGAAACACGGAAGGGGCGAACGGGGCUUUCUCGUUAAACGUCUCUACAAAUUCUCUGGCGAUGGAUUUGACGCGCGUUCCAGAAGAGUGCUCCAUUAUCGUCCUGGCUGCUGCUGUGUACACGCUUGGCCUUUCUAUACCUGAACUGGAAGGAGGCCGCAUCCAAAUUAGCGGUGGUUUCGUGGGACCGACUGUGAAAGACAUCGUCCUCGCGGGUCUCCGGCCGCCUCCAGGUGCUCCCAGCACCUCAGGACUUGUGUACUUUGCCAUUGGGGAGGCGAAUGGCAAGUGGUACUAUAAGGAUGCGCUCAUGUUCACAAAUCCGAGUCUCGAUGCCAUCAUGCGCCCCGCCAAGGAGCUGGCUACUGACCUGCAUUUGGAGAUGGAACAACCAAAGAGAUAUGGCCUCCAGAAACUCGACUCGCUACUUCAAGCAGCAAACGCGUUAGACCGAACGUUUUCCUUGGCCUCGGACAGCACCGAUGUUCUGCGUGCCGACAACCAUCCGCGAUUAUUCGGUGAUCCAAUCGCACAGUCUCUUACUCGAGCCAACACUGUGCGCCGGAGAAUCGCUGCAUUGAAACAGUCCAUUUCAUCUCAAGACAGUCUGUUGGAGUCUCCUAAAUCCGGCAUGGAUGAGGUUUUCCGGAGAAGGCUUAAUGGUCGCCUGAGCGAUAUUGAGGAACGCCAAAAUAUCUUGGAAGAGACUCUCAGCAAGGUCAUUACCCGGCUGGACUAUCUAUACGCCUUUUUGGAAGUUGAUGAAGAUCAGUAAAAUGGAUCGCUCACGGUUCAACGAAAACCACAACAAGGCCACUGCGAGUUGAAGGAAGUUACUGGCAUGUCGCAUUAGUGCGGGGACCUUUCAUUAGUUCUACAAUGUAGUUAUAAGGCGCGCAUUGUGCAGCCUCUUGACUAAUAUCGUCUGUAGGUCACGGAUUCUGCCGAUUUCGUCGCAGCUCUUGCCUUUUCGAAGGAUUUACGAUGCACGGCUUUUGGCUGGACGAUUUUUUUCCCUCUCUAAAUUCGCGUGGACCUUUCACUGCAGACUGUGGCUUUUUCAUUGUUCUGCUGCCUAACCGAACUCAUUCGGGACUUUUUGGUCACACAUUGGUGUUUCUUGAACCGUCACGCAAACCCGGGGUAUUCGUGGGAAAACCCUCGCACCCCGGCAAAUGCUCACCGAACGCAGGAGGUGUUUUUGUACAAGCACGCGCUUGCUGGAACUGAAGAGUGGAUCAUAAAUCUUUCCCGUGAG